AUGCUGCACCAAGCCAAAGAUAUCAUUGCCGCCCUCGAUGCAGUACAACCUCUGUCGUCUGGCACUGACGAAGUCGAUCGCCUCGCGAUUCGCGCUGCAGCCUACCGACUGCUAAACAGGGUGGAAACACCCCAUGAGCGAGCGUGUGGUUUCUGCUUCGAAAACCCUAUUGUUUUUGCUGCUUUGCAAACGUGCAUAGAUUUAAACCUUUGGAAGUCCUGGACCAGUCUCGGAGGAGGUGAAUUGACGGUAGAUGAACUUGCCGCAUUGACAACGCCUCAUGUUGAUGUCAACCUCCUACGCCGAUUCCUCCGCCUCCUAGCAGCCUUCAACGUAGUCGAAGAAACCGGACCCGACAAAUACAAGUCCACCCCGUUCUCGUACGCAAUUGGCGACGACAGCACCAAGAUCAAGGCUACGCUUCAAGCAGGAACAUACCAAUAUUUCCCCGCGGCAUACAAUCUCCCCACCUACCUGGCCAAAACGUCCUACCAAGAACCAACCGACAUGAAUGAAAACAACUACUCAGAUUUCGACCCCGCUGGCCUAAACUUCUUCGCCCGAGUAGAGCAGAGCCCCUCACAUUUUGAAGCUUUCAUGGGCCACAUGGAAUGCUGGACGGCGUUGAAGACUCCGUGGACUGAUAUUUACGAUACAGCCAAGCUCCUGCACGAUGGCGAACCCAACGACCACUCUCCGUUUCUUGUCGACAUUGGCGGAAACACCGGUACUGACAUCUCCUACCUAGUGAACAAGCAUCCAGAGCUUCGUCGCGAAUCAGUGGUCCUGCAAGACCUCCCCGAUGUUUUAGACAAGAUUCAGCCCCCGUUGGAGGAGAAGAUCACACCCAUGGUGCAUGAUUUCUUCCAACCGCAGCCGGUUCAAGGCAGUAGGAUCUAUUUCAUGCAUGCCGUUUUGCACGAUUGGUCAGAUGAACAUGCCCGAACCAUACUCACUCAUACUAGGGAUGCUAUGAAGAAGGGAUACUCGAAACUCCUGAUUUACGAUAUUGUUCUUCCACCCGUGAAAGCGAGUAUGAGUCAGGCUGCGAUGGAUGUGCAGAUGAUGUCGUUGCUGGCAGGUUCUGAGCGGACGGAAGGGGACUGGAGGAAGUUGAUCACUGAUGUGGGAUUGCGGAUUUGUCGGUUCUGGCCGGAUCGGCAACAAUUUGAAAUGUUGAUUGAAGUUGAGGUUGCAUGA